AGGAGGGGCGGGACGUGCGGCGCGGACGGGGCAGCAGCGGAAGAUGGCUGCGGUGGUGGCCACGGAUACACAGCUGAUGCUCGGAGUCGGGCUGAUCGUGACCAUCUUUCCACCAUAGAAAAGGACACUAAUGGAGAAGUUCUGUGGGUGUGGUGCUAUCCUUCCACCACAGCCUCAUUAAGGAAUCUGCUGCUUCGAAAAUGCUGCCUAACAGAUGAAAACAAACUUCUCCACCCCUUUGUCUUUGGCCAGUACAGAAGAAUGUGGUUUUAUAUCACUACAGUUGAAGUCCCAGAUGCUUCAAUUUUGAAAAAGGUGACUCAUUUUUCUAUUGUUCUGACCGCCAAAGAUUUUAACCCAGAGAAAUAUGCCGCCUUCACUAGGAUAUUGUGUAGAAUAUAUCUGAAACACGGGAGCCCAGUUAAAAUGAUGGAGAGUUACAUUGCAGUUCUUACCAAGGGGAUCUGCCAGAGUGAAGAAAAUGGCUCUUUCUUUAGCAGAGACUAUGAGAGUCGAAAGGCAUAUCUUGCAGGCUCCAUCAAAGACAUUGUUUCUCAAUUUGGAAUGGAAACUGUUAUCUUACACACAGCAUUGAUGUUGAAAAAACGAAUUGUUGUUUAUCAUCCCAAAAUAGAAGCUGUGCAGGAGUUUACCAGGACUCUGCCUGCCCUGGUGUGGCAUCGACAGGACUGGACCAUCCUGCAUUCUUACGUGCACCUCCAUGCUGAAGAACUGGAAGGCCUGCAGAUGUGCACAGUAAUUUUAUUAAUUUGCAAUGCAGGCUACAUUGCUGGCUUUGUAGAACUGGAGGUGAGCAACAGACCAGACCUCUACGAUGUGUUUGUGAAUCUGGCGGAUAGUGAGAUCACCAUCGCUCCACUUGCAAAAGAGGCCAUGACAAUGGGCAAACUGCAUAAAGAGAUUGGUCAGCUAAUUGUGCAGUCUGCAGAAGACCCGGAGAAGUCAGACAGCCAGGUGAUACAGGAUAUUGCUCUAAAAACAAAAGAAAUCUUCACCAAUCUAGCACCAUUUUCAGAAGUGUCAGAUGACGGGGGGAAAAUUGUCCUCAGUGUUGAGGCACUGAAGCAAAAGCGAUUCCCACCUGCCACAGAGAACUUUCUUUACCAUCUAGCAGCGGCCGAACAGAUGCUGAAAAUCUGACUGUUCACAGCAAGCCCCUACAGAACUUCUCUUCAUUCUGAGUACCCACUGACAUUAUAUAGUAUUGGAGUUACAGAGGAAAUGUUCUAUUUUUAAUGAUUUAUUUCCAAGUAUUGAGAUCUGUCCUGAGAAACAUUUAAAAAACAAUUGUGAUUAUUUUUCUCCCUGCCAAUUUGAUCCAGUGCUGGACAGUGUUUUAACCAUGUCCUAAUGGUAGGAGCCAUAUGCUGUCCCAGAGUUUAGGAGUUGCACACAGUUCAGCACAUGCACGCCUUCAUUGUGUAUCCCCGUUUGUCUCACUGUAACCAUAAACUUAACGGUUUAUUUUCAGAAAGAUGUCUCGCAGUUUGCUUUUUAUUCUUCUAGAAAAAAAACCUUGAAUUUGUCGUGAGAGAUUUUUUUACUUUCUGAGCCAAACUGCUAUAUUUUCUGCAGAAUUAUCUAGAAUAUCAUUCAAGAGAUAUUGCAGUUGCACUUUCUUGUAAAAGAAAAUGUUUUUGGGCCUUUGAAAUUUUUGCCUAUAUUAUGAAGGUUUUCAUAGAUUUUGUACUAACUGCUGCUGGCAGUGCCUUUGGGAAAAAGAAACCAGUUCCUGUAACAGAGGAGACCGUUUUAAAUAUAAGAAACAACACCUUUGCUUUUGUUUGCAGUGCUGGAGCUAGAACCUGGGCCUGGCAUGUGCCUGGCAAGUGCUUUCCCAGCAAGCUAAACCCUCAGCCCAUAAUGCUUUCAUUAUUAUAAAGGAACUUAAGAAUCAAAUUGCAGAGGCUAAAACCAGAUAGUGUCUUCAGGUGACUUCAGGAAAAGUAAUUUGACCACAUCAUAAAGGACACUGUUAUUGGACCUUCUUUUUUUUGUUUUGUGUUUUAUUGGUUGUUUUUGUUU